AUGCCGUGGCCGUUUUCAGAGUCCAUCAAGAAGAGGGCCUGCCGCUACCUCCUGCAGAGGUACCUGGGCCACUUCCUGCAGGAGAAGCUGAGCCUGGAGCAGCUCAGCCUGGACCUGUACCAGGGCACCGGGUCCCUGGCCCAGGUGCCCCUGGACAAAUGGUGUCUCAAUGAGAUCCUGGAGUCAGCAGACGCGCCUCUGGAAGUCACGGAAGGGUUCAUACAGUCCAUUUCCCUGUCGGUCCCGUGGGGCUCCUUGCUGCAGGACAACUGUGCGCUGGAAGUGAAGGGGCUGGAGAUGGUCUUCCGGCCCCGGCCUCGCCUAGCCACUGGUUCUGAGCCUAUGUACUGGUCCAGCUUCAUGACCAGCAGCAUGCAGUUGGCGAAAGAAUGUCUCAGCCAGAAACUGACAGAUGAGCAAGGAGAAGGAUCCCAGCCCUUUGAAGGACUUGAAAAGUUUGCUGAAACCAUUGAAACAGUACUGAGAAGAGUAAAGGUCACUUUUUUAGACACUGUCUUGAGAAUUGAACACGUGCCAGAAAAUUCCAAAACUGGAACCGCACUUGAAAUACGAAUAGAAAGAACCGUGUACUGUGAUGAAACUGCGGACGAGUCUUCAGGAAUUAACGUGCAUCAGCCCACGGCCUUUGCUCACAAGUUGCUUCAGCUCUCUGGAGUGUCGCUCUUCUGGGAUGAGUUUUCUGCAUCAGCAAAGUCCUCCCCAGUGUGCUCAGCCGCACCAGUGGAAACUGAGCCAAAGCUGUCCCCCAGCUGGAACCCUAAAAUUGUCUAUGAGCCCCACCCGCAGCUGACCAGAAGUUUGCCAGAGGUAGCGCCCUCUGACCCCGUGCAGAUUGGAGGGCUCAUGGGCAGGCUGGAGUUGAGUCUCAUGCUGAAGCAGAAUGAAGUACUUCCGGGAGCGAAGCUGGACGUGGACGGACAGAUAGACUCUGUCCAUCUGUUCCUGUCUCCGAGACAGGUGCACCUGCUCCUGGACAUGCUAGCGGCUAUUGCUGGGCCAGAAAAUUCUAGCAAAAUAGGUCUGGCGACCAAAGGCAGGAAGAACCGGCCCAUGCAGCAGGAGGAAGAGGACCGCAUCCAGAUGGAGCUGAACCGGUACUACCUGGGGAAAGACCCCCUCUCCGCCGGCGCGUCUGCGGAACAGAGCUUUUACGAGACCGAGGCAGCGCGCACGCCUUCCAGCCGCGAAGAAGAAGUCUUCUUCUCCAUGGCCGAGAUGGGCAUGUCCCACAGCCUGUCUUCCCUGCCGCCCCUGGGGGACCCCCCGGACAUGGACCUGGAGCUGUCGCUGACUAGCACGUACACAAACACCCCAGCAGGGUCUCCGCUAAGCGCUACCGUGCUGCAGCCGACGUGGGGAGACUUCCUGGACCGCCACCAGGAGCAGCCGGCGAGAGGCCCCGCGCCGCCCGCCGCCCCGGCCCACCCGUCCCCGCCGCAGCCGCAGGCUCCGCUCCCGUCCAGAUCUGUCUCGGUGGACGAGUCCAGGCCUGAGCUUAUUUUCCGACUGGCGGUGGGGACGUUUUCGGCCUCCGUGCUGCACAUCGACCCGCUGUCUCCGCCCGAAACAUCGCCGAACCUGAACCCGCUGGCGCCCCUGGCGGUGGCUUUCUUUUCCCGUAUAGAGAAGAUGGACCCAGCGAGGUUUUCAGCAGAGGAUUUCAAGUCUUUCCGAACAGUGUUUGCAGAAGCUUGCUCCCACGAUCACCUCAGGUUUAUCGGAACUGGCGUCAAAGUAGCCUAUGAACAGAGACAGAGGUCGGCGUCCAGGUGUUUCAGCACCGACAUGUGCAUCGGGCGGAUGGAGCUGCUGGAGUGCCUGUUUCCCACGGACUGCCCGUCUGCUUCUCCUCACUACACGGAGCUUCUGAUGUUCCAUUCCGAAGAAUGCUCCGACUCCCACUCCCCCGUGUGUCUUCAGCUUCACUACAAGCAUUCGGAGAGCAAAGGGCCCCAGAGUAAUCAAGCAAGACUUAGUUCUGUUCCUCAGAAGGCGGAAUUACAAAUUAAACUAAAUCCGGUGUUUUGUGAGCUGGAUAUCAGUAUCGUGGACCGGUUAAAUUCCUUGCUGCAACCACAGAAACUUACCACAGUAGAGAUGAUGGCAUCUCACAUGUACACUUCGUAUAAUAAGCAUAUUAGCCUGCACAAGGCUUUCACGGAAGUCUUUCUCGACGACGCGCACGGCCCCGCGAACUGCCGGGUGUACGUCCAGGUCGCCACGCCCGCGCUGAGCCUUUCCGUUCGCUUCCCGAUCCCGGACCUCCGAGCCGAUCAGGAGAGGGGACCGUGGUUUAAGAAGUCACUUCAGAAGGAGAUUCUCCACUUAGCAUUCACAGAUCUGGAAUUUAAGACCGAGUUCGUGGGAGGAUCCACCCCGGAACAAAUCAAACUGGAGCUCACCUUCCGAGAACUAGCUGGGUCGUUCCAGGAGGAGAGAGGAGCGCCCUCCGUUAAGUUCGCCCACGUGUCCAGCGGGGCGGACGGGGACACGGCGUCGUCAGACGACUUCGACUGGCCCCGGAUCGUGUUGAAGGUGAACCCACCGGCCAUGCACUCCAUCCUGGAGAGGGUCGCGGCCGAGGAGGAGGAGGAGGAGGAGGAGGGCGACGGCCACGACCCCGAGGAGGAGGAGGGAGGCGCCCACUCCCUGAAGGACGUGUGCGACCUCAGGAGGCCGGCGCCCUCUCCCUUCUCUUCUCGGAGGGUCAUGUUCGAGAACGAGCAGAUGGUGAUGCCAGGAGACCCUGCGGAAAUGACGGAGUUUCAGGACAAAGCCAUCAGCAACUCUCACUUCGUGCUGGAGCUCACGUUGCCCAACGUUCACGUGACACUACCGAACAAAAGCUUUUAUGAGAAGCUUUAUAACAGGAUCUUUAACGACUUGUUGCUGUGGGAACCAACAGCUCCUUCACCAGUGGAGACUUUUGAAAAUAUUUCCUAUGGUAUUGGGCUCUCGGUAGCCAGUCAGCUGAUCAAUACCUUCAACAAAGACAGCUUUAGUCCAUUUAAAUCUACAGUUCACUACGAUGAGGAGAGUGGGUCCGAGGAGGAGACCCUGCAGUACUUCUCCACCCUCGACCCCAACUACCGGUCCCGCAGGAAAAAAAAACUCGACUCUCAGAACAAACACUCGCACAGUUUCCUCUCGGUCCUCCUGAGCAUCAGUCACGGACUGGUGGCGGUGUUCACGGACGUCAAGCGAGACAGCGGAGACGUGCUGCACGACAAGCACGGCGAGUUCUGGCUGGAGUUCAGCGGCGGCUCGCUGUUCUGUGUGACCAGGUACGAGGGCUUCGAGGACAAGCACUACAUCUGCCUGCACGCCGGCAGCUUCAGCCUGUACCACAAAGGCAUGGUGGACGGAGCGGUCCUCCCCACGGAAGCCCGCCUGCCCGGACCCGCGCGCCCGCACUGGCUGGAGCCCACCAUUUACUCCUCCGAGGAGAACGGCCUCAGCAGAGCCGCCUCAGACGGCGUCGGAGGGGACGCUUCCAACAUGCUGUCCGUCGCCGUGAAGAUCUUGUCCGACAAGUCCGAGUCCAACACGAAGGAGUUCCUCGUGGCCGUGGGGCUGAAAGGCGCCACCCUCCAGCACCGGGUGCUCCCUUCCGGGCUGAGCUGGCACGAGCAGAUUCUGCACUUCCUGAAUAUCGCUGACGAGCCCGUUCUGGGAUACAACCCUCCGACCUCCUUCACGACCUUCCACGUGCAUCUCUGGAGCUGUGCGCUCGACUACAGGCCUCUCUACCUGCCCACCCGCUCCCUCCUCACCGUGGAGACCUUCAGCGUGUCGAGCAGCGUCGCCCUGGACAGAGCGUCCUCGACUCUCAGAAUAAUCUUGGAUGAAGCUGCGUUGCAUCUGUCUGACAAGUGUAAUACUGUCACUAUUAACCUGAAUAGAGAUUAUGUUCGGGUGAUGGACAUGGGGCUUUUGGAAUUAACCAUAACUGCAGUGAAGUCGGAUUCUGAUGGAGAGCAGACGGACUCGCGCUUCGAGCUGCACUGCUCCAGCGACGUGAUCCACAUCCGCACCUGCUCCGACUCCUGCGCCGCGCUCAUGAACCUCAUCCAGUACGUGGCCAGCUACGGAGACCUGCAGGCACCUCACCGGGCGGAGGCAAAGCCGGGAGCCCCGCAGAGAAAGCCCCCGGCAGACCCCGGUGGCCCGCCCCCCUCCCGCGGCCCGGGACUCCCCGAAGCGGACCAGCAGAUGCUGCGCGACUUGAUGAGCGACGCCAUGGAGGAGGCCGACGCGCACCAGGCUGGCCAGGCUGCGAAGCCGCAGCCCAACGGCUUCUUGGAUGAGCAGUCGCACACUCAGGAGCCGUGCUGUUCGGACCUCUUCCUGUUCCCAGACGAGAGCGGGAACGCGUCCCAGGAGCCCGGCCCCACAUACACCUCGUUCACCCACCGCUUGCUCGGUGACGCCACGACAGGUGCGCCCGCUGAGAGUGACGACUUCUGCAUUCUUUUUGCGCCGAGAGCCACCGUUCAGGAGAAGGAAGAAGAGCCGGUGGUAAAAAUAAUGGUGGACGACGCCAUCGUGAUAAGAGACAAUUACUUCAGCCUGCCCGCCAAGAAGACGGACAGGGGCAGGGGCCCCGUGCACUUCCCCCCGCCCGUGGUCCGCUACGUGGUCAAAGAAGUCUCCCUCGUGUGGCACCUGUAUGGGGGGAAGGACUUCGGAACAGCGCCCCCUACUUCUCCAGCUAAGAGUUACACCAGUCCCCACAGCUCACCCUCUCACACGCCCACAAGACAUGGACGCAGUACGGUGUGUGGGGGAAAAGGAAGGAACCACGACUUUCUCAUGGAAAUACAGUUAAGCAAGGUGAAGUUCCAGCACGAGGUCUACCCCCCGUGCAGGCCGGAGUGCGACUCCAGCCUGUUGGAGCAGCCGGUGUCCCGGCAGGUGCUGGUCGUGCAGGACCUGGAGAUCCGGGACCGCCUGGCGGCCUCGCAGAUGAACAAGUUCCUGUACCUGUACUGCAGCAAAGAGAUGCCCCGGAAGGCGCGCUCCAGCAUGCUGACGGUGAAGGCGCUGCACGUGCGCCCCGAGUCCGGCCGGUCGCCGCAGGAGUGCUGCCUGAGGGUGUCGCUCAUGCCGCUGCGCCUCAACAUCGACCAGGACGCCCUGUUCUUCCUGAAGGAUUUCUUCACCAGCCUGUCUACAGAGGUGGAGCUGCUCACGGCCCCCGAUCCAGAAGUGAAGAAGUCCCCGGGGUCCGACGUCACCUGCAGCGUGCCGCGGCGCGCCAGCGCCUCCAAGGAGCCCAGCCUGGUCCUGUCUUUCCCCGGGCCGCGGCAGCCUCCGCCGGACGGGGGCGCCGGCUCCGCAGAGGUGGCCAACGGGGAGGGCGAGAAGGACUUCUCGGCCGAGGACGCGUCGUUCAGUGACCAGCCCGUGUUUUUCAGAGAAUUCAGAUUCACAUCAGAAGUUCCCAUUCGACUUGAUUACCACGGCAAACAUGUGUCAAUGGAUCAGGGCACGUUGGCGGGGAUCUUGAUUGGCCUAGCGCAGCUGAACUGCUCGGAGCUGAAGCUGAAGAGGCUCUUCUACCGGCACGGUUUGCUAGGCGUUGACAAACUCUUCUCCUACGCGAUCUCCGAGUGGCUGACCGACAUCAAGAAGAACCAGCUGCCGGGGAUCCUGGGAGGCGUGGGGCCCAUGCACUCCCUGGUGCAGCUAGUGCAAGGCCUGAAGGACCUGGUCUGGCUGCCCAUAGAGCAGUACCGGAAGGACGGCCGCAUCGUCCGCGGCUUCCAGAGGGGCGCUGCCUCCUUCGGCACCUGCACGGCCAUGGCCGCCCUGGAGCUCACCAACCGGAUGGUUCAGACCAUACAGGCGGCGGCAGAGACUGCUUACGACAUGGUGUCUCCCGGCGCCCUUUCCAUCGAGCCCAAGAAGCCCAGGAGGUUCCCUCAUCACCGCCUCGCCCACCAGCCGGUGGACCUGCGGGAAGGGGUGGCCAAGGCCUACAGCGUCGUGAAGGAGGGCAUUGCCGACACGGCUCACACCAUUUACGAGACGGCGGCCCGCGAGCACGAGAGCCGAGGGGUCACGGGCGCCGUGGGCGAGGUCCUGCGCCAGAUCCCGCCGGCGGUGGUGAAGCCUCUGAUCGUCGCCACGGAGGCGACCUCGAACGUGUUGGGAGGCAUGAGGAACCAGAUGAGACCCGACGUCCGGCAGGACGAGUCCCAGAAGUGGCGGCACGGCGAGGACUGACGCGCCUCCGCCUUCUCCGAGGGUGACGGGGCGGAGCUACGGUGCGGAGCGUCCCAUCGGCAGCUGCGGAGGGAACCCACGUAACGUCAUUGUGCUCAUCUCAGGAACAAAAGCAUUUCUUAGUUAGGCAAUUUAACAUCCCCAAAACGCGCACCCACAACUGCUGCCACUCUCGGGCGGGUUGGGCGCUUGCCUGUGGGAGUGUCUGGUGGCCGGUGUCAAAAGUCCCUUAAAGCGUUGCUGCCAAGUUAGAGGAGUGCUGGCUUUUGUUCGAGUGACUGGGAUCCCCCUGGCUGCCCAGGGGGCGCGCUGCCUUGGAGACCCCCGGCACAGGGAGACCCCCGUAGUCACAGGCACGGCGCUCGGAAGUGGGCGGGCCCCGUGCAUGCGCUGUGCGGGCUGCUCCCAGGAGGUGAUUUUCCUCUGGGUUUGAAGAGAAUCACAGCUUCGCACCUUUCUUGGAGAAAGAGCGAGCCACGGGCGAAGCCAAGCAAACAGGAUUCUCAGAGCGAGUGCCAGGGAGGGGUGAAUCCUGGCGCCUGCUGGGUUCUGUUCCCGUGCCCGGAGGACACACCCCGCCCACGCGCUCAGUGGGUCCCCGCGGGCCCGGGAGCGGGAGUGUCCGGCCGGUCGUGUUCUUUCGAGCUGCACUUUAUCCUGUGUGUGUUUCUGGAUUCGUGCGAGUCACGUGCUGUCUGUCUGCGUUCCGUCCUUCUACAGAGAUACACAAAGUACAGAAAGAGUCAGCCUGAAAGUGUUUGGCAAAGGGGGGCAACACAAAUAGUUCCCAUUUAUCUGGAGUGUGAGUGAAAGCGUGCUCCCCGGGAUGAGCUGGGGCCCACACAGCCGGUGAAACGUCCCUUGUGGGCAGCCGCAGUGCUCGCUGGCAGUGUGUGGAAGGGGAGAGUGGAAGUGUGUUUACGCUUUUAAAUUAACCAAAAAUCCUCCAAAUUUGCCCUCGUCAGUCAUUUCGAAGUACCAUUUUUACCUGGUUAACAGUGUACAUUUUGAUAACCUGUCAGGAAUGAAUAAAGUAUUUUUAUUUAAAGGUGAAA